UGGCCGCGGGCGGGCGUUGCGUCAGAUCCGGCGCGUCUCUUCCGGUGUACGGAGAGCGGACGGGACCAGACAUGUUCCAGUAAAGAUGGCGGACGGGUCCGGGGCUGAACUGCCGAAGUUAUCGGAGCUGCUGGAGGAGGGAUGGCGGAUCCUGGAGGCGGGAGAUCCGGGGGGCCCCGAGGGGAUCCGGGAGGUGCAGAGAGGGGUGAAGGUUCUGGAGGAGGCGACCCGGAUGGUGACCCAACUGGACCUCUUCAGCUCUAACGAGGAUCUGGAGGAGAUCUCGUCGGCGGACCUGCGGUUCCUCCUCCUCCCCGCCCUCCUGGGGGCGCUCACACUGAAGCAGGGAGAUCAGAGUCGGAGGUUGCAGCACCUGGAGGCGGCCCGCACUUAUUUCCUGGACUUCCUGAAGAGGUGUCACCGCUACAAAGUGUCAGACUUCACCCUUCCCCCACAACCCAGAGAGACGGGGGAGAACGAGGGGUACAACCCACCCGAUCCCCAGUCCAACCUCACCGCCAUAGCGGUGCAUCGGCAGGCCAAGAUCGAGAGGUACAAGCAGAAGAAGAGUCUGGAGGGAAAGUUGGCGGUGAUGAAGGAGGCGGUGAAGAGCGGCAGAGCGGAGGAGGAGCAGAUCCGGGAGUUCUACCUCCUGCACCUCCGGCAGUGGGUGUGCACCGCCCUGGAGGAGGUGGACAGUAUAGACCAGGAGAUCCCCCUGGUGAAGGCCCGGGAGAUGAUCAAGAAG